AGGUGUGCAGAAAAAUAGGAGACACGUGGCAACCAAAUUUACACAAUUGGUGGAGGAGGACAUUCACAAAUUCUUGGCCAUGGAUUGGUGAACUACACUUAUAAUACACACUACCAAAUCUAUUCCAGCUUCAUCAGUAUCAAGAAAAUAGAAAGAAAUUUGUAGCAGUGUGUGUUUUGUAAGCAUGGCUUCAGCUGUGUUCUACACUUCAAUGAACUCAUCACCUGCACUUUUUUCAAGAACCCAUUUCCCAAAUUCAAUCACAAAGGACUUUUCUGACGAAUUCUUGAAUACCCAUCAAGUUAAUUAUUACUUGCCAGCAAGAAAGAUUGGAUCUUUGAAAAGGGUUGCUAGUAAAGUUAGAGCUGCUGUGACUGAUGCGCCUGUGGUGAGUCAAAGUGGUGGGGAGAAUUUGAGAGAGGGGAAGAAGAAGUUGAAGAUUCUGGUGGCUGGAGGGGGGAUUGGGGGCUUGGUUUUUGCCUUGGCUGCGAGGAGGAAGGGGUUUGAAGUGGUGGUGUUUGAGAGGGAUUUGACUGCUAUUAGAGGUGAGGGGCAAUAUAGGGGACCUAUUCAGAUACAAAGUAAUGCUUUGGCUGCUUUGGAAGCUAUUGAUUGGGAUGUUGCUGAUGAGGUUAUGAAAGCUGGUUGUAUUACUGGUGACAGAAUUAAUGGAUUGGUUGAUGGUGUUUCUGGCAAUUGGUACUGCAAGUUUGAUACGUUCACACCUGCAGCAGAACGGGGCCUUCCAGUCACAAGAGUUGUAAGUCGCAUGACGCUGCAAAAAAUUCUGGCCACCGCUGUUGGGGAUGAAAUUAUAUUGAAUGGUAGUAAUGUAGUGGACUUUGAGGAUGAUGGAAAGAAGGUUACUGUUAUUCUGGAGGAUGGACAGCGCUGUGAAGGGGAUCUUUUGGUUGGCGCUGAUGGAAUAUGGUCAAAGGUACGGAGAAAUUUGUUUGGAUACACAGAGCCUACAUAUUCAGGUUACACUUGUUAUACAGGGAUUGCAGAUUUUGUGCCUGCGGAUAUUGAUACGGUUGGGUACCGAGUAUUUCUGGGCCACAAACAAUACUUCGUUUCUUCAGAUGUGGGUGGGGGAAAGAUGCAGUGGUAUGCAUUCUAUAAUGAACCUGCUGGUGGCAAAGAUAAAGAAAAUGGUAAAAAGGAAAGGCUCCUUCAAAUAUUUGGUGGUUGGUGCGAUAAUGUAAUAGAUUUGUUAAUGGCUACCGACGAAGAAGCAAUUCUUCGUCGUGACAUAUAUGACCGGGAACCAACUUUUAAUUGGGGAAAGGGUCGUAUAACCUUGCUUGGGGACUCGGUUCAUGCUAUGCAGCCAAAUCUAGGUCAAGGGGGGUGCAUGGCCAUUGAGGACAGCUAUCAACUAGCAAUGGAGCUUGAUAAAGCAUACAACCGAAGUGCUGAAUCGGGAAAUCCUAUUGAUAUCGAAUCUUCACUUAGGAGCUAUGAAAGUUCUAGGAAAAUACGUGUCUCGGUUAUUCAUGGACUUGCUAGAAUGGCUGCAAUCAUGGCCUCAACAUAUAAAGCAUAUUUGGGUGUAGGACUUGGUCCAUUGUCGUUCUUGACCAAGUUGAGAAUACCACAUCCAGGGAGAGUUGGGGGAAGAUUUUUUAUUGACAUCGGGAUGCCAUUGAUGUUAAGUUGGGUACUAGGUGGCAAUGGAUCAAAGCUUGAAGGGAGACCAUUACAGUGCAGGCUUUCUGACAGAGCAAACAGCGAUUUGAAAAGGUGGUUUGAAGAUGACGAUGCAUUGGAGCGUGCUACAAAAGGAGAGUGGGUUCUAUUUCCUGUCGGGAAUACAUCUGCUUCUUCAGAAGCAAUAUUUCUCAGCAAGGAUGAAGGAAAACCUUGUAUAGUCGGGAGCGUAUUGCACCCAAACAUUCCAGGAACAUCAAUUGCCAUACCUUCACCCCAGAUUUCCAGCUUGCAUGCUAAAAUAACUUGUAAGAAUGGUGCCUUUUCUGUUACUGAUUUGCGAAGUGAACAUGGUACCUACUUAACCGAUAAUGAAGGCAGACGGUAUCGGAUCCCCCCUAAUUUUCCUACUCGCUUUCAUCCAUCAGAUAUUAUCGGAUUUGGUUCAGAUGAAAAGGUAGCUUUUCGGGUAAAGGUGAUGAAGUUUCCGUCCCAGGUUGCAGAGAACACAGAAGGAAGUGCAGCUCUCCAAGCAGUAUGAGAAUUUUCGACUAGACUUUAGAUAUUGCAAACACCAAAUUGUAUAGCAUUAUCCACGACGCAGCGGAUGCACGAAGCUGCUGUUUUGUACAAUGUAGGACCAAAGGUAUAGCAUGCUUGAAAGGACAGGAUCCAUAGCUUUGUUUGUGUAUUGGCAUUCCCAUGUUUUGCUUUGAUGCAGUGGGUUAUACUUGUACGAAUUUAUUUUUCAAUGCAAACAAAGUUUGAU